AUGGGGCUGCCUAUCACCGUCUCAACCUGCUCCUUAAACCAAUGGGCUCUCGACUUCAACGGCAACCGAGACCGAAUUCUCUCCUCCAUUCAACUCGCCAAAUCUGCAGGCUCGCGGCUCCGUGUUGGACCUGAACUCGAAAUCCCAGGCUACGGCUGUUUCGAUCACUUCCUCGAACCGGAUACCGUUCUCCACUCAUGGCAGGUUCUCGCUGAGAUCCUUUCCUCCGACGCAACUCACGAAAUCCUCUGCGAUGUCGGUAUGCCCGUCCUUCAUCGCUCUACACUCUACAACUGCCGAUUGCUGUUGCUGGAUGGAAAGAUUCUGCAGAUCAGGCCGAAGAUGUGGCUGGCUAACGAUGGAAACUACCGCGAAAUGAGGUAUUUUACUCCUUGGACGAGGGCUAAUCACACCGACAGCUUUACAUUGCCACGAAUAGUGGCGGAGGUUACGGGUCAAGAUGAGGUGCCCAUCGGAGAUGCUGUAGUGAAGACGAGGGAUGCUGUACUUGGUGUAGAGCUGUGUGAGGAGCUCUUCACUCCGGACUCGCCUCACAUCCGACAGGGUCUUGGCGGGGUGGAAAUUUUCACCAACUCUUCUGCCUCUCAUCACGAGCUGCGAAAGCUGUACAGAAGGGUGGAGCUGAUCAAAGAAGCCACUCUGAAGCUUGGCGGUAUUUACCUCUACGCCAAUCAGCAAGGCUGCGAUGGUGAUAGGUUGUACUAUGAUGGAUGCCCAUUGAUCGCAGUGAACGGAAACAUUGUUGCUCAGGGAUCACAGUUUUCGUUGGAUGACGUGCAGGUGAUUAGUGCAACCGUGGACUUGGACGAUAUCAGGGCCCAUAGGAGUGCGAAGAGUCGAGGGAUGCAGGCUGUCAGUGAUAGUAUUGGAGCAGGGUGUCCGAGAGUGAACGUGGAUUUUGAGAUGGGAGAGUCGGAGGAGUUUGGAAGUAAGACGCCUGGUACUGCUACUCCCACUACUUCUCAGCAGAAAGGAAAGGAAGAGAAAGGAGGGGAUGCGACAAGGUUAUUCAGGAGAUACUUUACCCCGCUUUCCCAGCCCAUCGUCGUUCAGUACCAUUCACCAGAGGAGGAAAUUGCGUUGGGUCCUGCGUGCUGGUUAUGGGACUACUUGAGGCGGUCUAGGACGCAAGGGUACUUUGUGCCGCUGUCGGGAGGUAUCGACUCGUGCGCUACUGCAACGAUCGUUUUCAGCAUGUGUAGACUCGUACAUGCUGCCAUCCAACCUCCAACUUCCUCUUCUUCCGCCGAUUCAACAGGAAAGGGAACUUCAGCUCUCACAACCGACACUUGCGCUCAAGUCCUCUCCGACGUCCGACGAAUCUGCAACGAAAAAGAGAACUCAACCUGGACACCCUCCACCCCUCAAGAACUCUGCAACCGAAUCUUCGUGACCUGCUACAUGGGAACUGAAAACUCUUCCGCCGAAACCCGCGGUCGCGCAGCGGACCUUGCUCGCGACAUUGGCUCCUACCACAUCGAUCUCAAUAUGGAUCUUGUCAUUCGCGCGAUCAUCACUCUUUUCUCCACUGUCACGAACGCUACCCCUCGAUUCAGAGCGCACGGAGGAACGCCUGGAGAGAAUCUGGCAUUGCAAAACAUCCAGGCAAGAUUGAGGAUGUUACUCGCGUAUAUGUUUGCUCAGCUCACACCAUGGGUUAGAGGGUCUUGGGGUGGAUUGCUGGUGUUGGGAUCAGCGAAUGUGGAUGAGAGCUUGAGGGGGUAUUUGACGAAGUAUGAUUGUUCGAGUGCGGAUAUUAACCCUAUAGGGGGUAUUUCCAAGACGGAUCUGAAGUCUUUCAUUGCGUAUGCUAGGGAUGCGUUCGACCUUCCGAUCUUGCAUAGCUUCCUUACUGCCGUGCCUACUGCUGAGUUGGAACCUAUGACGGAAACGUAUGUUCAAGCUGACGAGGCGGAUAUGGGUAUGACCUAUGAUGAGCUUAGCAUCUUCGGCCGUCUUCGGAAGAAUCUUAAAUGCGGACCUUACUCUAUGUUCAACAAACUUCUUCAGGAAUGGGGACCAACGUUGGGAGCAGAGAAAGUAGCAGAAAAGGUAAAGUUGUUCUGGUUCGAAUACGCUAGGAAUAGGCAUAAGAUGACGACCCUUACUCCGUCGUAUCAUGCAGAAGGAUAUAGUCCGGACGACAACAGGUUUGAUUUAAGACCGUUUUUGUAUCCCAGUAGAUUCCCGUUUCAGUUCAGGAAGAUUGACGAGUUAGUCGCUCGACUCAGGCCUUUAUCUAAGGGGGUUGAAGAGGCGAAGAAGCAGGAUUAG